AUAUUGCUUAGAUUUACGAAAAAAACAACGUGGAACUCACUCAUUUUAUAUACGACGGCUUACGUAUAUCAGUGUUGGUUACAGCUUUAAUCGAUAAUUCUUUUAGCCGGGCAAGCCAGAUCUGGUAACUUAACAGUUGAUUGUUAAACGUGCUCGCAUUUCGCUAUGUUGUUUUUCUGCCCGUCUUGCGGCAAUAUAUUAAUUAUUGAAGAAGAUACCUCCAGCCACAGAUUCACGUGCAACACGUGCCCAUUCAUAUCGAAAAUCAAGCGCAAGAUAACAACCAAAACCUAUCCUCGUCUGAAGGAAGUUGAUCACGUUUUGGGCGGCGUUGCAGCUUGGGAGAACGUUGAUUCCACGGAUGCUGAAUGCCCAGCCUGCUCACACAAGCGCGCCUAUUUUAUGCAAAUACAAACACGAUCGGCGGAUGAGCCUAUGACCACUUUCUACAAGUGCUGUAAUCAUCAGUGCGGACACAAUUGGAGGGAUUAGGACUAAUGCGCUAUUUACAA